CAGGACUAAAUUAGGAGGAGUCAAAAGGUGCUGGAGGAGCUCGUUGCCAUCUAUCAGCCUGCCUCCUGCACCUCUUCUGAGGGAGCCUUGUGCAGCAGGCAGGCGAGGGGCCGCUCGCGUGGCCAGUGGGGUUCAUUGGCAGAGGAAUGUGGAAUGUGUUUACCAGGUAGCGGUUAUCACGGAAAUAUGUGAGCACCAUCGCCCGGGGAAAUUUUGGAGGAUUGAGCCUGCGCUGAGUGUGGCCGUCCCUCUCGGACAGCCCCGUGUGGACCUUGGGGAAGGCACCGGCCUCUCAGCCCGCAGCCAGGGCCUGGCAGAGGGGCGAAGCAGGGCAGGAUGCUGCCCUUCCUCGCCGCCUCCUGUUGCCAUCCCCACUGUUCCUUGCUGCUGGGAUGACCCCGGAGAGGGACAGAGGGACAGUUCGGUGGCCCGGAGGCAUGGCUGCUUUCUACCGUUGCAUCCGAGGGGACUCCAGGUGAGAGCACGGCCGCGGCCGGGCUGCCCCGAAGCAGCACCGGGGGUCGCUGAGGACUGGGGACCCCGAUGGGACCUUUCUGCAGCACUCCUGGGGGUCAGGCUGCUCGUGGCUGGCUCAUCUCGGACAGUGGGCUGGCGUGUGUCUGCCUAGAGGGGCUCAGGAUUCCUUUAGGAUAUUUAAUUAAUUCUCCCCACAUUCCCUAGCUUCUUUUUGUCCUUUACUGUAAAUAUUUAAUGUUAACUCCAUUUAGCACCCGGUGCUUAAGCGAUCACAGUGCUUAUUUCAUCCCUCCAGCACAGGAAUGCUGGAGGAACCCCAUACAGCGCGUCCUGGUCUCUUUGUUUCCUGCACUUUUACCUGUGUUCGGCCAAACCAUGCUCUAUUUUUCGUUGCAUAUAUAUCUGGGAUAUUGCUGUGUUCUGCCUUCAGGUGAAAAGACUCGUCCUUAACUUCUGAGGAGACGACAGGAGCAUUGGAAUAAAGCUGCUGACUACCUCACAGUUAUGUAGCCGAGGGUAAACAGGCAAGGCAUUAUAGAUGGGCUCUGAAGGGACAAAAACGGGGCCGCGUUCAGAUCCGAUGUUCGCAGUUGUAAUUGACUUCAUUGUCUGGGCAGCUUGGCCCGCUUGGAGUUGUGCUCUGAAUAGCAGAGAAAGCUGCAUAAGGAUCUCAUUUUGGUUAGUACUAAAGCCUCUCCGCAUCCCAAGCUCCCAUUAACCUCCGCACUCCACAAGAGCCUGCUUACAUUAGCCUAAUUGAUGGGGCUGCAGGUGUAAGAGCCUGCAGUUCCUCGGGGCUCGCUGUGCUUCCUGGCCAGGCUCUUUCUUUCUCUGCCACACAGUGUGUGUGUGCGUGUAUGUAUGGGGACGAUUUAUUGUAGGUACGGCUCCAAAAAGCACGGGGGGAUCAAUGAAAGCCCUGUUACGUUUCGCUGAGUCUAAACCCACGGAGACCUCAGAACGACGUUGAUUUCUGUGCUCCCUCUGAAUACCAAACGACCUUGUGUAAUUAUUUUUGUGAAAUAGCUUCAGGAAUGUUCCUGGUGCUGAAUUGAAGAAUAAUUGCGAUUGUGGCGUGUAGAAUCAAACGUAAUUUUGUUCUAACUAAAGCAAGACAUUUUGCUUUCUUUUCUAUUGCUGUUCAAGGAGAGGCAGGGUGAAUUUUUAAUGCUUUUCUGACCCUUGACUCUCAGCGAUGUUAGCCCGCUACUGUACAAAAAGGAUGAGCUCCUUCAGAACAUCAUUAGCCAAAGCGUGCGCGCUUGAUCCUAUUGAAGUUCAGCAUAGAGACUGUGCUGCCAUCACUGGAACGGCUGCUCCAAGCCCCAAACUCCAGUAGUUUGCUGAGCUGUUUGUGCUUUUAAAUACAGCAGAGGAUCUCUGGUAGGGAGCCAGCUGGGGGAGGUCUCGGGUCUUUGUGCAGAACAGCUACACUUCUAUUAUCCCGGUAGGCUGAGAGAGAAGAAGGAGAGUCAAUGUGCUUUUAUUACUCCAAGUGUUCUUUUAAUAACGCUUUCCACGGUGGUGGAACAGCUCUCCCGGGCUGUCUGUUAAAUCACAAAAAAUAUGAGCCUUCCAUUGAAAGGAAGAAAGGAGGUGCUUUUACAUAGCAAUAAUGCAUUUCACAUGAGUUUGUUCUAUUCUCUUGCCAAUGUAAACUUUUUUUUUUCCUGUUUUUAAUUCUUUUAUGUGGAUGUUUGAUUUGCGUUUGUUUUUUUUUUUUGUUUAAAGAAAGCGUACAAGCUAAGGCUUUUCCCAUGAGCACAACGUGACCUUUGACAAGGUGUUUACCCCUCAGUUACUGAGCUGUGCUAGGGACGAGGAGCUCUCAUCACCUUUCCGGGGCAUAAUCUGUUCCCUGUAGCAGGAAAAAGUCCUGGGCGAUCGCGGUGACCUCCUUCCUUCUGACCUCACAGUGAAAGUCACAUGAGUUCCUCAAGGAUAAUGGACCCGAAGGUGCGAGAGACCGAAGGAUAUGGAGAAGACAGUUCAGGAAAGAAAAAAUCGAAGUUCAAAUCUUUCAAAAAGUUUUUUGGUAAAAAGAAAAGGAAAGAAACAUCUUCUGGGAGCAGCAGUCUGAAGCUAUUCCAGUCAACAAGUGAUGUGGCAGCCUCACACAACGCGCAUGUUAGUUAUUAUUCAGAAGAUGAAGUUGAGAGCCACAAGGGCGUUAUGGGAAGCAGAGCUUUGUCGCACGACAGCAUUUUCAUCCCUGAGACCGGGCAAGAGCCUGCAAGGCCAGUAAGAGUGUUUUCUCAAGAAAAUGUUUCUGAUCGGAUUAGAGCCCUACAGAUGAAGCUCCAGCCUACCAUGAAGCUGGGACCUCCGCCGCCAUUUGGAUUUCAUGCAAAGCGGACAGAGGAUGCUGGGACCAGUUCUGAAGACGAUGGGUUACCCAGGAGCCCUCCAGAAAUGUCUUUGCUCCAUGAAGUCCUAAGUUCAGGCACAACAACAAGAUUCUCUGACUCUCACAAGCACCUUAGCUCUUUGAGUUUAGCUGGAACAGGCAGUGAAGAAGAAGAACAGGUUACGUUGGGUCCUCCUUCUAGACCUCGCUCUGCGGAUGGUCAGCUGCUCCCUAAGCGUGGAAGUGCUAAAACUGGAACUCCCCAGACACGUGAUGUUAACGUUUCACCUGCAGCUGACUUUGACACUCCACCCGAGCUAUCCUCAUGCUUGGAUAAUUCUGCUGCUAAACACAAGCUUUUAAUAAAACCCCGGAACCAGAGGUCCAGUAGAAUGAGAAGAUUUUCUCAGAGGACCCAGUCUGAAUCCCUGACUGAUUUGAGCUGCACCCCAGAAGAAGAAGAGGAUGAUGAAAAGGAGGUGCAGACAGACUUGCCAGAUGCCGUAUUCAAACCCAGCGAUCAGGAACUGCCGUGCGGCACAGCUGCAGCGCAGGAUGCGGCUUCCUGGCAGAAACCCAGAGUGCCUGAGGACCUUCCCCCUGCUUUGAGACCAGAGAUGACUCAGCCCACUUCUGAGCCUGCUGUUGUACAGGAAGCUCUGCUACCAGAGAAUAAACCAGAGGGCUGCCAACCAACACUGGAAACAACAUGUGAGAAGUCUGAGGCCCCACUGCUGUUAGAAGGCAGAGGCCCCAUAACUUCUCCCUGUUCUGGCCCAGACAGAGAAGUAGAAGAGCAAGAAGAUUCCCCAGGACCAGCGGUUCUCUUGUCUGGGGAUGUGAGCAGUGAUGUGUCAGCCCAGCAAGAAAGUGAGGAGCUUCCUUCUGUGUUUCCAGUGAAUAAAAGACCAUCUGAGGAAGACAUCUCAAUUAGUAAGAACAGUGAUAUUUGCUCGGAAGGGUCAGAACAAAAUACACAGAGGGAUGAUCAGAUGCCUGUGGAAAUGUCCUGUAAUGAAGAGGCAAAGAUAGAGGCCGAUGUGUUGUCAGAGCCUAGCAGGCAGCUUUUUGUAGGUUCUGCACAGCCCACGGAUUCGUUCCAUGUUUCACAUCCCACUGCUUCAGCCCGGGUGGGAUCAAACGCUUCCUGGUCUCUAGAGAAAACAAAGACUGUACAAGAAGCAGCUGCUUCUGAUAAAGAGAGCAGGCAGCCGCUGGUCCACAAAGAGGAAAUUUUGGGGAAGAAAGCUGAAAAAGCAGCCAGUGAACUCAACGCCUUGAGAAAGUUUUCCGUCUCCUCUGCACGGGAGAGGCCGAGGACCAGGAGCCUGCACUUCCCAGAAAGCUCGGAGUCUGACAACCCGUUAAGCACCAGGUUCUUCCUGGCCACUGCAAAGGCCUCCUUGAAAGAUGAGAAGCGGAGCGAAGAUUCGCAGAAGGGAUCAGAUCUGGAGGAGGGAAAAUGUAGCCCUAAAAAACAGACUUUGCUGCCAGAAUCUGGCUCUGAGAACGUGGGCCAGUGCACAGCAGCGCUAGCUGCCUGCGUGUCUCCAGCUGUCGAUGCUGUUCCGGUGCAAAGGGAUUCGUCUGUGGUAUCUCCGAAUCAGCCAAGCUGUGAAGAUAAAAGUCCUUUUCAAGUAAAACUUAGAUCCACCUCGAUGUCCUUGAAAUACAGAGACUACUGGUUACCAGAAUCAAAAGAAAUUAAAAGAUACAGCGCAGAGUUUAAUUUUGAAAACGAGGGACUGACUUCGUUUCUAAAAGGUGAUAAAGCGGAGAUCAGAAAACCAGCUGAUACAAAUAUUGAUGGCUCUUCAAACGAAAAGAUCAAAUCCAAAGCAAAGUCCUCUGAACAGCUUAGCAGCAAGCCUCCGCUGCCUAAAAAGCCAGUCUUGCAAAACAUCACUGCUCCAAAUGCUAAUGCAAGCAAGGACAAAGCUGUUCAUGCUCCCGAAUCCAGAAAUGAAGACAGAGACUUGGAGAAAAAGCCAAAUUCUUGUAAAGUGCCUGAGAGAAGUGUUCCUUCCCUGGUGACUGCUGGAGACUCCAGAAGGGAUCCUGACAGUCCCACCGAGCCCGCCUGGAUUACCAUCGCAAGGCAGAAGCAGAGGGGCACGCAGCAAGAGCAGGAACCCGACAGAGAGAAACUCGUGACUCCAGAUGCUAAAUCAGACACAGAGAAACAGAAUAAAGAGAAGGAAAGAACAGAGGAGCCAGUGAAGCAGCAAUGGAGCAAACCUUCAUCCUUGGCACUUAAACCCACUUCUGAAGAACAGAGGAAAGAGUCAAAGUCUGAAGUGAAGGAGCCGCUGAUGAGAACCAAUUCACUGUCACACUUUGUCCCCGUAGCUCAGUCACCAGCACUGACGGAUAAAGAGGAGGAAAUCAUUCCCUUUAAGAAAGCCAGUAAUGCUGCUCCAGACCAGCCAUCGUGGAUGGAACUCGCCAAAAAGAAAUCUCAAGCCUGGAGUGAUAUGCCCCACAUUAUAAAGUAGAAUGAUGCAAACAAGUGACAUUUUUUCUAAUUAAGUCACCUACUAAAUCGAACUUCUACAGACCAGCUAAUCACAAUGAAGAAUCUCUGAUACCAGAGAGGGCUCUUACUACAUAGCUGUGGAGAAUGUGUGCAAUAGGUGCAGUCAAAAAGUUUACCUUAAGCAAUUGCAGCAAUCAGGAUUGCAAUGGAUUACUUAAAUUAUGCUGAGGACAUACUUACACUUUGGAAAACAAAAUUUCUGCCUUAAGUAUUUCCUGUGUUUUCUGCAUUUUAAGAUGUUUGUAUCAAAAGAGGAUCUUUUUAAAAUUUUGCUGAAUUUCAGUCGUUGCUGGAAACUUCUGUUUGUCGUUUUUUUCCUCUGUUUACAUGUAUAAAUUGUGCAGUAACAUCCCGAUCCUGUUGUGUUUCACUGGAAUUGCCCGACGCUUUUUCUGUCAAAGCUGUGUGGACCACAGAGGUUUUCAUGAAUAGCUCCUAGAGAGUUCUCCACUAAAAUGUGUUGCUUGAGCUCUGUGUUUGCCUAGCUGAACCGAGAGUGGUGCAGCCUCUGGUUUUAGGUUACAUUUCAUGAGACACAAGUGUGCACGUGACCAGGAAUAAAAAUUCCUCUGCUCCUUCUAUGAACAACCUUGGUUGCACAAUAUUUGCUAGAUAGCGAGCAAUAAGGAAACUGAACUGAAGUAGGAAGCUCAUUGAUGCAUUCCAAUCUUUCCUACCUGAAUUUAUCUGGUUGCAACUGUUUUUCCUUUAUGUGAAAUCAUCAUUCUCAGUUAGGAGCAUAGCAUUAGUGGCAACAGACAGUUUGUAUGUUUAGUUUAAAAAAAAAGAACUGGAAAGCCUUGAGCUACAGCCCAAACUGAAAUGUUGGAAGAAACUGUGAACUCCAUUGCAGUGUCAGCUUCAAAUGUCACCCCCUACCGACUCAUAAUUAUUCUCAUUAAAAAAUAAUAAUCAUAGCAUCUCUGCACCUUACUACCUUCAUAUAAUAUUCUCACACUGUGCAACUUGAGUUUCCAGCACCAGUUUGGGACUCCAGCUCAUGAAGUCAUGUAGGCAAUUCACCUUCAGCUGCUUAACAAGGUUGAAGAGAGAAAUAUUUGCUGCUGAUUGACCAAAAUCACUCUGAAUGUGUUGUAGCACCUCCCCGUGAGCUAUGCAAUUGCAGUUAAAGGAGCUAACAACAAAACCCAUUCCAAAACACUGGGAAUUGAAUGUGUCACUGCUAAGGCAAAUGUUUCUCUUUGUGUAUGGCUGUACGUGUGAGGUGUUGCCUUACCACUGCACUCCCUAGGUUUAUUUAUGUUUGUAUUUGCAAUUUUGGAUUUGUUGUUGCGUUAACAUUCCUUUCAGAAAAAAAAAUAAUGCAGGGGGACCUUAGGAAACCUAGGAUUUCCCAAGAAGCACAUCUGUGAUGUUGAAGUUUUGUUUUCUCUGAGGAGGUGUGGAGUAAAACCCAGCCUCGCUCAGUGACAAUUAUUUCAUUUCACAACAAAUAAGCAGGGCAUUGGAGUGUGUGAGUAUCCGAGGCUCCGACAGCAGAUUUUGGACAGAUAUCGUUCAUCACAGAAAACAGGAGGACGAAAACCAAGUGUUGUAUUAUUUAUCAAAGCCAGGAAGCUCGCGUGGUUGCCGAAGGCCUCACUCAGCCUUUUGCACAGCUGCACCCAGCUCGCCAGCCAGCCGGCAGCGGGGCUGGCUCCGAGGUGGUUGCUGCCGACUGGCCUGGGGUUUUCUCUUUUACACAGGCCACAAAGGGCAUUGGAAGUGGCGAGACAGCCCUCUGCUAACAGAGCCACAACAGAAAUAGUGACUUGGCUGUACGACAGCAGCCUUGGGCUGUGCUGUCCAAAGGCUGGUCAUGCAAACACUUUUUUGUGUUGUCCCCCACCAUGAGAAUGGGUGCACAACCCUUAAUCUCAAGGGUUUUUUGCUUUGUUUUUGUAUCCAGGUCAUCCUCUAGGAUCUACAAUAGAAAUGGGCACAUUUUUCAGAUACCAUAAGCAGCAUUUUAACUCCCUCUGUAAUAAAUAAUUCAUUAGCAUAAAGUGUUAUUUUAAGAUACAUUGUUGCUAUCUGUAGCAAUCUUCAGCAAAUGGUUUCUGUAUUAAUGGACUGUCAUAUAUGAAAAAAGGACCCAAUAUGUGCUCUCCCAUUAUUGCCAAAGUCCCAACCCACAUCCCAUGCAUCACGAGAUGUAAAUCCCAGAAUCGUCUAGGUUGGAAGAGACCUCCAAGAUCACCGAGUCCAACCUCUGACCUAACAGUAACCAGCCCUCCACUAAACCAUAUCCCUAAGCUCUACAUCUAAACGUCUUUUAAAGACCUCCAGGGAUAGAGACUCAACCACUAAAGGUAUGGUCCACCUCCUUGCAGUCCUCCCGCUGGCUAAAAUCAUGAAACCUGAUGAAUUGUGCCUAUUUCUGGAGUGCGAGCUGUGCAGCAGCUGCGUGGGGAAGCCUGGAAAGCCCUCAGACCAUCUCCUGUUGGAACAGGCUCAGGAAUAACGGAGCAGGAAGGUGGGGGUCCGCUGGCAUGGCCUGUGCGAUCUCAGGGAAAGCAACACCCGGGUGCUCCCCAUCUCAGACAGCUCUCGGACACCUCCUGGGGUGUUCUGGAUCUGAGCAGGAGGCUGCAGAUACCGAGGGUUUAGGUGCUUCGAAAAGCAGCUCACACAUUUGUGGAGUCAAAACCCAUCAAGUGCUGUUCAACACGAACGGCGGGGCCUUGGCCUGGGAGGUUGCUGAAGGCUCUGGCUGGUGGACUUGGCUUCUGCGCCACCUCCUACCGCAGCCAUCGGCACUGGCCUGUGUGAAAGCAGCCCCGUGGUCCUCUGCAGCUUGGACUUGGCCACCUGGGGGAAAUUUCAUCCUCUCACGGCAUCGCUCUGCACCCUCGCUUCUUUAUUCCAAGUCCAAGGGUCGUGCGAGUGAGUCCCGACACCGCUGCGUGGUCAACAGGCAGGUAGAAAACAGGUUCUGAACCCGUGCAUUUUGCUUUGGACAAACACCUCAUCAGCGGCAAUGGAAAGCUGCAAAUACAAAUCCAUUUUUCUUCUCCGUAUGAAGGGUGAUUUAUCGUUCACGCUUCACGCCACCGGAACAAGCCUUUCAGAUCUGAUCAGCUUUCCUAAGGACAUCAUUGCACGUUUCCAGCCGAGAAGCAACAUGACUGACUCCAGCCGAUCCAUUUUGCUCAGGCAGCUGCAAUAUAGAUGGUCGGUACAGAACAUCUAACGCUGGCAUCAAACCUAAAAAUUCACCCUUUGUUCGUGACUCACACGCAUAAACGGACGCAGUUUGGAUUGCAGUCAAAGAACAACAACAAAACACUUGGGAAACAGAACGGCUUCCUCUCCCAGAAGUGAUUUGUGAGACGUCUUUGGCCUUCUGUCUGAGGAGCAAGGUGACAUUUGGCAAUCAGUUUUGUCCCCGCUGGUGAAGCGCCCCGCGCAAUGCAAAUGCAGCCGCGUGCCGUGCAUCUUUCUCUGCAAGACCUGUACGUUCGGUGACUUAGUUUACGAGUGGGAUUAUCGUAAUUAGCUACCUCCUAAUGUUUAGUAAUUUUAAGUAAAAAAAAAAAAAGACUAAAUGAUUUUUAAUGUACAGCAAAGCAUAAUAAAUGUUUAAGGCCAAAA